AUGAUGAAGAAGCUCUACGGGGCCCUGAUGCUCAAGGCAUCUGCCUACCUUCUCCCAGACGAUAACAAUGUGAUAACCUACUCGGACAUGCGAGUUCUCGAUCCAAGAUACGCGAGAAGCGCCGAAGAACUCGUCUGCGUCCAUGAUCCGCGACCUGCUCCAUUUCCACAGCCUCAUGGUGGCGGAGGACCGAAAGGAACCGAAAGACUUGAUAUUAGCUCAGUUUUUGACUUGAAAUGA